AUGGCCAUCCUAAGGAGCUAUAGGUGGUGUGACCGUUGCGACAGAACAUAUCGUACCUUCAGUGCCCUCAGACAGCACAUCAAAGACUCUCAAAACCAUUAUGAAUGCCCUGGAUGCGACUUUGACGGUGAGAGCUGGGACGACCUGCUCCAACACUGCCGUGAUGAAGGAUGUCGUACUGUCUGCCAAGGCUGUAACCACGGCGGAGGGUCUCAUUGGGAUAGGGAUUGCGAAGAAUACUGGCAUCAUUUAAGCGACUUCAAUGUAUGCCAGAGGUGCGAAAGGCACUUCACCUCGCCUGAUCAUCUCCAUAACCACAUGCUUUCCCAUCGCGUUCCUAUGUAUGAAUGCUACCUGUGCACGGAUGUUUUCAAGACCUAUGGCGGCAUGAUCAUCCAUCUCGAAUACGGCACCUGCAGCAACGUGGAUCGUAUUGAACUCAAUAUGCUCGCCGCCAGGUGUAUGCGGUGGCGUCACUUUAUCGAUGAAGACUAUCGCAAUGAGCUUCUUGCUUAUGGCGACACGCAAUACGACGUAGAUCCCUUCAUGUGUCCGACCUGUGAUGCCACGUUUUCCAAGCUAUCGGGCUUGUUCCAGCACGUCGAGUCUUCAGCAUGUGAGCAAAAUUUGCAUGACAGAGUCAUUGGGAAGUUGCGCAACUUUUUAGCAAGCCGACUGAACUGAACUGUUGAGCCAGAAAGGCGUCAGCAGAACACGAGCAGCUUCUUGCAGUGUGUAGUCAUGGCGAAUUGUAAACUAAUAGGAGUUAGACACUUGACACACACGUUACUUUCUCAGG